AUGGGAAGGCGUACUCCACCUUCUGAGAUUCCCAAGUUGAAUACGCUAGCCGGUCUCCCUGUCGAGCUAUUGUCAUCAAUAACUGACUUCCUCCCUCUGAAUGAUCGUAUUUGCAUUUCACUCUGCAGUCGCCGGCUCUUUGCCAUAUUCAACCAUCGAACCAAUCCCGCUCGGCCAUUAGGAAAAGACAAACUGCCUGUUUUACGCCGACUGGAACGAGAUCUACCGAAAUACUUCGUUUGCUAUAUAUGCCAUAUUCUUCAUAAGUAUGACGGUUCGGAGUACUUCGGUCUAUCUGGCUCGGUAUACGACCAGGAAAAAUGUCCUCUUCGAUGCCUCCCAAAAUGGAAAGAAGAUGGCUUUGAUUUAGAAUUGAGAGAUCAAGCACCGAUCUGGUUCCAUGUCUACCGCAUAUUCUACUUUCUCCAUCUUCAGCUUGCUAUGAGGAGAUUCUACUAUGGUGAAAAGUUUGGAAUUAGCACUGAAGCGUUAUCUUACACCCAAGUACGCACCCACCCCGGACCAUCAUCGUGCCCUGAAAUCACCUCUCUCUUUUCGACCGAUGCACAGAUCUGUCCAAAGACACCGGGACUUUGUUUAAGAAUCCAGCAUGUGAUGUUCGUUCACGGUAGGAAAUCGGAACUACUCCUUUCUCGGCAGGAUAUUGAAUCUGCGGGGGAACCUCCACAAGUUAUGUUUAUUUGCAUACACGUCUCGCGUCGGAGACAUGCCAUAUUACUUAAUACCGUGGUGAAAGCCUAUAUCAGUGGAGAGAAAGCUCCCAGUUCCACUCAUACUUGCGACAUAUGCGCCGCAGAUUCCCGUAUCGAAGUUUGUGAAUAUGGAUCUGAUUUGGCUCUGGUUCUUACAACAUGGAUUAAUCUUGGCCCUGGUUUGACCCCAGAUGACCCUCGAUGGUUAGUCCAUUGCUGUAGUUGGGAGCUUAAUAGAGUGACACUCGAUCCAAAUCAUCGGAAAGACAGCCCACGGGUCUGUUUUGAAAAUGUGUCGCCUCGGUCGUUAGAGGCCUUGCGGUCAUGCAACCUUUCCUACCUUAAGGACCAGCGAUAUAAGCGGGUUAUGCAUCAAGUCUAUUGGGAGAGAGGCGUCUGGGAUCUACCAACUAAAAGUUCUUGGGGAAGUUACUGGUUUAUGUCCUAA